AUGCGAUGGCCACGAGCCGUGCGCGACAUGCACGGCCUACGGCGGCUGGAGAGCAACUCGGGAGCGGCAUUUGUGCGACGGCUGGGACUGAAGAUCGACCCGGCACGAGCGCCGAAGCUGAACCUGUUUGGAUGGAACGUGGGCGAGCGGCAGCUGUCGAUGCGGCUGAGCCUGAGCGCAUCGACGCCGGUGCUGUCGGUGGUGGAGAUCACGUCGCAGGAACACGUGCAGGCGCUGGCGCAGUUCUACUUUGACAAGGUAGACCCGUGCUACGGCUUUCUGAACGGACGGGUGUUUGCCGACCGGCUGGACCGGCGCUUCCGCCAGCAGCAGCAGCAACAACAACAAGCACCAGCCGAGCCGGACGUGUACGACAGCGUGAUCGCCGGCGUGGCCGCGCUCGGCUGCCUCUUCUCGCAGGGCGCGGCCACGCUGGCAGAGCUGCAGCUGGUGCGCACGGCAUUCCACGCGCUGCAUGCACAGCGGCUGGCCGGGCCGCCUGGCAUCGACCUCAUCACGGGCUGGGCGCUGCGCACGGUGUACCUGCGGCUGACCGACUCGCCAUACGCCGUCUGGAUGGCCAGCUGCACGCUGAUGCACCUGGUCGAGGCGUCAGGACUACACGGCAGCAGCGCUGUCAUGGCGGCCACGACGGCCGUCGCCGGCGAGGUGGACCUGGCCGAGCCCGAGAAUAGCGGUCCCGGGUCGCCGCCCGGCGACGGCUACGUGGACCCGGUCAUCGCGGCGCGGCUGCUCGGCAUCGCCCACCACCUGCACGUCUGGACGUCCUUUGACCUGGGCCUGACGCGCGUCGCCUUUCUCAAGACGGACCUCUCGCUGCCGCCGCUCUGGGGACAGGGCGAGCCGGAGGACGAGCCGAGUGGACGCGGAGAGGCUGCGUCGGCCACCCGCCCCUCGGCCGCUAUCGGCGACGCCACCGCCGAGCUGCUCGGUCUCCUGCCGAUGUCGGUGGAUCUCGAUCCCGCUCGUCCACGUGACGCGGCCGAUCUCACGGCCACGCUCGGCCGCCUGCUCGCCGGCACCCACACGCUGGCGCCGUCGGUUCUGGCCCAGUGUAAUCUCGUCCUCUGUCUGCUUCGACGCUUCCACACGCAGCACCUCGACGUGGCGCCCGAGCUCGAGGCUCGCGUGCUGGCUCUGCUGCGCCGCGGCCUCGCCUGCGCCCGCGAUAUGGUCCUCAGCUGCAGUCCCUGGCACCAGGCCUCCAACGUGCCGUUCCAGACCAUCUGCAUGCUGCUUGUGCUCGACACCCGCUCGUCCCUCGCGCUCCUGCCCGAAGCCAUGCAGACCCUCGGCCUCGUCGCCUCCGUCUACGAUACCGACCGCAUGCGCGAGGCUCACAGCGCUGCUCGUCUGCUCGUCCGCCUGCAUCAGCAGCGCCGCCGCGACGACCUCGCCGUCCUCGGAAACGCCCUCCAGCGCCAGUCCGAGCCGCCCGUCCUGCCCGUUCCCGCCCAGUCUCAGACACACUUGCCGCAGUCCCAUACAGAGACGCCGUCGCAGCCACACAUACAGCCACAUAUACAGCCACACGUUCAGCCACAUACUCAGCCACAACCGCUCCCACAGCAGUCCUUACCCCUUCAGCUCGACCUAGGCCCCAGCGAGGAGGAGUUCUCUUGGCUUGGCGCCCUCGUGUCCGACCUGCCCGGCCUGCAGCGCGUCGAUCUCGAGCAGUUCUUGUCUACUGAUCUGAUCGACGAUCCCUCCCUUAUGGGACUGUAG